CUUAAUUGGGUCGACAAGAACGGAAACACGGCUCUUAUCUGUGCUGCAUCAAGAGGAAUACCCCAAAUAGUUGAAUUGCUUCUAGAAUUUGGCGCAGACAUCGACGCCCAAAACCAUCAUGGAAGAACGGCUCUUAUGGAGGCUGUUUUGUGGGGCCAUCUGGCAAGCGUCAACUACAUCCUAGACAAAGGUGCU